AUGGAGAUUUUUAUAGAAGAAGUUCGGAAACACGAAUUUUUGUGGAAUCCAACAUCCCUAUAUUAUAAAGAUUCAGAAAAAAGAGAAGCCUCCUGGCGCGCCAUUAUACAAACAACAAAGAUGGAAAACACCAAAGUAGCGAAAAAUACUUGGAAAAAAUUGCGAGACAACCAUAGGGAAGCCUUAAAAAGACAAAAGGAUGGAAAAAGUGGUCAAACUGCCAACAACACGCGUCUUUGGAAAUUCCAGAAAGUUAUGGAAUUCCUUGUUCCAUACAUGCAAAAUAGGAACACAACUGGAAAUUAUUCCCAAGAUAAUUCACAGGUGUCUCAAGAAAGUAAUCAUACUCAAGUUUCGGAAUUGGACGAGGACAACUUUGAAGUAGAAAACGAAAAUGAAAACAGCCAAUCUUCUAAUAUAACUGCUGCAAGUUCCGAAACCACAUCACAAAAUACAAGCACACCUUUAACACGAAAACGUGUACAUAGUGUUCAACAUGUAAUUUUAAAUUUUGUUAAGAUCCAGCAAACAGACCGAGAGAAAAGAAAAACAGAACGUGAUUUGAGAAACCAAGUAAUUGACAAAAUGGACGACAUGGAUCAUUUUUUUCUUAGUGUUUGUGAAAGUACAAAAAAAUUAGCCAAACCGGCACAGCUUCGUCUUAAGAGAAAGAUUUUUAAUUUAGUUACGGAAGAAGAAGAGUUAAACAUUUACAAUGAUAUGUAUGCAUCUGAGAGUUAUAAUAGUGCCUUAACUAGUACUCGAGGGUAUACAACAGCUCAAGGUGUCCAAUCCUCAGAUACCAAUUGUCAUACAUUACACAAUGUGUUUACAUCUCCAAGUAGUGCCUCAAAUCAAUCUGUAGGAGGAUAUACAGCUGAACAAGAUGCCAAUGACCUUCCAGUCGGUGAGAACACCGUGUUCGGACCGUAUGCAAGAGAGGAGGCCAAUGCUACUUCGCUAAUUCAUUAA